GUCCUGUCUAAGGUUGGGCACUGCCUUGACCCUGUGGCUUGUUUCUCCUGGUGUGCUGUCAUCAUCACAAAGAACCAGCCGCUGCCUGCCUGAGCUUGACAUCACCGACAUCUUUUCCCACGACAUCUGAGAUCGCCUUCGUAUUCACAAACAGUAACAAACAGCAGUGACCAAGAGAACAGUAUAGUGCUUCAAAAUGGACGAAGAAUAUGAUGUCGUUGUGCUCGGCACCGGUCUUACCGAGUGUAUUCUCUCAGGGGUCCUCUCGGUGGAAGGAAAGAAGGUUCUCCAUAUGGAUAGGAACGACUACUAUGGUGGUGAAAGUGCUUCCUUGAACUUGUCCCAGCUCUACCGCAAGUUCCGACCUGGCCAGGAGCCCCCCAGCACCUUCGGCCGAGACAGGGACUGGAACGUGGAUUUGAUUCCAAAGUUCGCCAUGGCUUCUGGUGAAUUCACCAACAUUCUCUACCACACCGAUGUCACCCGCUACUUGGAGUUCCGCCAGAUUGCGGGAUCUUACGUGUACCGCGAUGGCCGCAUUUCCAAGGUGCCUGCCAGCAACACCGAGGCCGUAGCUAGCCCUUUGAUGGGAAUCUUCGAGAAGCGCAGAGCCAAGAAAUUCUUCGAGUUCAUCCAGGCUUACGACUUCAAUAACCCGACUACUCACCAAGGACUGGAUUUGAACACCGUCACAAUGACGGAGGUGUACAAGAAAUUCGGCUUGGAGGCCGGAACGCAGGACUUUGUUGGACACGCCCUUGCACUGCACUUUGAUGACGAGUACAUGACCCAGCCGGCAAGGGACACGUACGAGCGCAUCUGCUUGUACAUGAACUCCAUGGCGCGAUACGGCAAGUCCCCAUACCUGUACCCUCUGUAUGGUUUGGGAGAGCUUCCGCAAGGGUUUGCUCGCCUCAGUGCCAUUUACGGUGGAACGUACAUGUUGAGCAAGAAGAUCGACGAGAUUGUGUAUGAAAAUGGAAAACUGGUCGGUGUGAAGAGUGAGGGCGAGGUUGUGAAGACCAAGGCCGUCAUUGGCGACCCUACUUACUUCAAGGACAAAGUGAAGAAGGCCGGCCAGGUUGUCCGCGCCAUCUGCAUUCUGCAGCACUCCAUACCAAAUACCUCGGACGCCGAUUCUCUCCAAAUCGUCAUCCCCCAAAAGCAGGUCAACCGUGCUCAUGAUAUCUACGUCGCAUCUACCUCAUUUGCGCACAAUGUCGCGGCAAAAGACUACUGGAUCGCCAUCGUCUCGACCAUCGUAGAAACAGCCAACGCGGAGCAAGAGCUCCAACCCGCGCUUGCUCUGCUCGGCCCCAUCACAGAAAAGUUCGUUGAGAUCACGGACAUCUUCGAGCCAGUAUCCGACGGCAAAUCCGACGGCGCCUACAUCUCCAAGUCGUACGACGCCACCAGUCACUUUGAGUCCGUCUGCCAGGACGUUAAGGAUAUCUACAAGCGGGUGACGGGCAACGUCUUGAAGGUGGAGGGUAAGGUGAAGAAGGAGGGCGAGGCUGACGAAUAAAGGUUGGCUCGCCUUGGUACGAAAAGCAAAACAGAAAUUCGAUUCU